AUGGCCAAAUGUGCUCAGGUCGACGCGGCCAGCUGGAAUUCGCAGGUGAAAGCCUUCAGUCAGGCUGUGGCAGACUUUGGCCGGAUCGAUUACGUCUAUCCCAUUGCAGGCAUCGGCGAACGCGCGUGGAUUCCCAACGACCCUUCCAUGACUGGCUUCGUGCAGCCUGAUCUGACCACCCUUGAUAUCGACCUGACGGGUGUUCUGUACACUGUGGCACUGGCUGUGCAACAAUUCAGGAAGCAGCAACCAGGAAAGAACGGGUUCAGGGGCAAGAUUGGGUGUGUCGCCAGCGUCUGCGGGCUAUACUGCUGUCCCACGAUUCCUGUGUAUACUGCAGCCAAACAUGGUGUCGUCGGGUUGGUCAGGAGCUACGGCAAAUACUUGCCAGAAGAGAAGAUCACGAUGAACGCAGCAUGCCCAAAUGUAGUUCGUACCAAUAUCUCUGCCGGAGAAUUUUACGAGAAGCUGGACAAGGAGGGAUUGUUGACGCCCAUCGAAGGGGUUAUUGGGGUUUUUGAGAAGCUGCUAGGGUCGGACGCGACGUCCGGAGAGACGUUUGAGAUAGGGCCCAACUAUAAAGACCAGGGAGCAGUACCACGAAAGGGCAUUGAGUGGCUGGACAAGGAAACAGAGCGGUGCUUCGAGUUGCUGUACCACAGAUCCCACCCGCUGCAUGAGCCUCGUUGA